AUGCAUGCAUACAAAUUCACACAUGCUGAGACUCAAAUCGCUGCUACACAGGCUCUCAAGAUCUCCACUUCUCAAGAGAACGCAAAACUCACCAGCACAAUCUACGCUCUGUUCAUCAAGUCAAACACUCGUGUGAAACCAUUCCAAGCCGCUUCUUUAAUCACACACUUCUCACACUCCGGUGAACUCUCGCGCGCUACCUACCUCCUCCGCCACACAUGUGGGUUCAAAACCAAUGCAGUGAAACUGUUUGAUGAAAUGUCUGACAGAGAUGUUGUAUCUUGGACAGGGCGGAUUGCUGUGGCUUUUGAUUGUGUAGAUGCCUUUAAGAUCUUCAAAUAUUUCAUUUUAAAUGGUUAUGAAAUAAACGAGUACGCAUAA